UUCAUUAGUGCGGGGAUCCAGUGAGAAGGGACAUGUAAGACAGUGUGGUCAGGGAAAAACCUUCCAAUUCUACAUCAGUGCUCACGAAUUUCGCAUCCUUAUUGUGGCUGCUUUACUUUCUGUAGACGCUUGGACAGAAGAAAAGCUGUAAAUCUACACCGAAGUGUCAAUGUUGCUCUUUUGAAGGAUAUUAUCACUGUGCUGCAACUGGACAUCCUCGACGGUAGUGAAAUUUCCUACCAGUCCUUUUCAGCUACUGCGAAACCACCACUGUUUUUCAGUUAUAAGAGGGCGGCAGUCAGUCGGACUUACGCGAGUUACAGGCGCAGUUAUUUUAGAAUAUUAUACUUUCAUCUGGCUUUUUGGAUGCACCGAUGAGAGAUCCAGUUUUCACAGCGAACGCUAUGGCUUAUCACCCUUUUCACGCGCACAGGCCGGCCGACUUUCCCAUGUCAGCUUUCCUUGCCGCGGCUCAACCCUCGUUCUUUCCAGCGCUCACUUUACCACCGGGUCUCAGUAAACCACUGGCGGAUCAUGCGCUCUCUGGUGCGGCUGAGGCUGGCUUACACGCGGCGCUUGGACAUCACCACCAGGCGGCUCAUCUCCGCUCCUUCAAGAGUCUCGAGCCAGAGGAGGACGUUGAAGACGAUCCUAAAGUUACAUUAGAAGCUAAGGAGCUUUGGGAUCAAUUCCACAAAAUUGGAACCGAAAUGGUCAUCACUAAAUCUGGAAGGAGAAUGUUUCCUCCGUUUAAAGUACGCGUGAACGGCCUGGACAAAAAAGCCAAGUAUAUACUUUUGAUGGAUAUUGUUGCGGCAGAUGACUGUCGGUACAAAUUUCACAACUCUCGAUGGAUGGUGGCAGGAAAGGCCGAUCCGGAGAUGCCCAAACGAAUGUACAUUCACCCGGAUAGCCCGGCCACGGGUGAACAGUGGAUGGCAAAGCCUGUUGCUUUCCAUAAACUCAAACUGACCAACAAUAUCUCGGAUAAACAUGGAUUUACCAUUCUAAAUUCAAUGCACAAAUACCAGCCCAGGUUUCAUAUCGUUAGAGCCAACGACAUUCUGAAGCUCCCUUACAGCACCUUCAGGACAUAUGUAUUUCCUGAGACCGAUUUUAUAGCUGUCACUGCAUAUCAAAAUGACAAGAUCACACAAUUGAAAAUCGAUAACAAUCCAUUCGCAAAAGGGUUCAGAGACACAGGGAAUGGAAGAAGAGAAAAAAGUUUAAUUUUCAGAAAACAGUUAGCCCUUCCGUCAAUGCGCAUGUAUGAUGAUCAGUGCAAAGUGGAUCGAGAUGGAGGAGAUUCGGACGCCUCAUCCUGCGAACAAACUACUGGCAGGGAUUCAGUUCACUCACCGAUUGGAUCAGCAACAAGUCCACUUAAAUUCAACAGAUCCAGAGACGACAAAAACUGCAAUGAAAGCGACAACGAACUUGACCAACAUGAUGAUGGAAUGAUCAGAGACAAUAGUCCAGAUCAGAGACCACGAUCACCAUUCAGCCCACGUUGUGAGGACAGAGUCAAGGACAGAUCUAACCUAGAAAAGAAAGGGGACUACUCGGAUUCGAGGAAAGAGAAUGAUUCUGUCUUCAGCAUCAGAAACUUGGAGAAGGACAAACUGGACAGCAGGAAUUUGAAAGAAUCAGACACCUCCAAAAAGGAUGCAGACUCUGUGGGCCUGAGCACAGUCAAAGAUGGCUUUUCUCCUCUGAUGGUUCAAACAGAGAGCCCAUCGCAUUUCAGCGCAGGUCACUUGCAAAGUCUAGCCCUCUCUGGUUUACACAAUCAACAUUUCUUUAACCCACUGAGUACAGGGCAACCACUCUUAUUUCACCCCGGGCAGUUUGCUAUGACUCCUAGUGCUUUCUCAACCAUGGGCAUGGGACAUUUGUUAGCCUCAAUGUCUGGAGCAAGUGGACUAGAGAAUGGCAGCCUCUCCUCUCAGAGUACCAGUUCACCCAACCCUUUCCCAUUCCACUUAUCACAACAUAUGCUUGCAUCUCAGGGUAUCUCCAUGCCACCGUUCGGGGGACUGCUACCCUACCCGUACACGUACAUGGCGGCUGCCGCUGCAGCGGCCUCUGCUCUCCCCGCCAGCAGUGCCGCGUCCACCCUUGGCCGGAACCCCUUUCUCAGCAGCACGCGGCCAAGGUUGCGAUUCAGCCCCUAUCAGAUCCCCGUGUCUAUUCCUCAAAGCUCCGGUCUGCUCACCACCGGAAUACCAAGCACUCUGAGCGCGGAGUCAGAGUCAUCGAAAUCAGGCAGCAGGGAGAGCAGUCCCAUAUCUGAGCACCACAGCCAUAAAACCGGAAGCAGCCAGAAUACAAGAUCUCCCAAAUCUUCAGGGAAGGAUUCCAUUAACGAACUGCAGAAUAUACAAAGAUUAGUCAGCGGACUGGAGAAACACAGAGACGUGUCACCCCGUAGCGAUUCACCAAAGUGACCCCAUGAACACAACCACUGACUCUUUAUUACAUAACAAUGCUUCAAUGAAAAAAAAAAAAAAAGGUCAGUUUGUCGGUUGAAGUUAUGGCUCAGACAAUGGAACAUCUCUUAUCAACUCAAGGCUGGAAUUCGACGAGAGCUGUAGCAAAUGUUACACACCCCUUUUGGAUCUACAAAGCAUGCUGAUUUCGUUCAUCCUUGAUUUGGCGAUGAAAUUAUAUUAUGAAAAAAGCGCAAAUUCCCUGGACUGUUCUUUAGCUAUUUAAAUGGGGUUGCCCAUUUUAAGCUCACACAUUUCAGUGCAUUUUGAAAAAGGACUGUAAACGCAACAAUUUCUGACAACAUCUGAAGAUGCUCAACGUUUAAGUUGCCUAUGUCUGGGACCUGUUUUUCUAAUUAUUUAUAAUAAUAAAAGUAACACAUAUGUAAAUAAGGAUAAUGGACUGAAGGAGACAGAUUUUAAUUUAUUCAAAACUGUACAUUGGUGUGUAAAUACUAUUAGGUCUCGAUUUGUUACAUUUAUAUAUAUUUUCCCAUUUACAGAUAUGAACAUUAGCGCUUGAUAGCAGGAAACCGAAUGUGAUGUUUGUGAUAUCCUGCCAGAAGUAAAGGAAAAGCCACUGUAAAUCUAAAUCUCUGGUUAUACUUUUUUUUUUUUUUUUUUUUUGUAGCUAAAUUCAACAAAAGGUGUUUAAAUUUAACGAUGGUCCAUAGGCAGGGACAACUCAGGUUUCUUUCUAAUCUUGCAUUGAGAAGGUCAUUGUGUAGUUUCUCUUAUGAGAGCUAUCUGUUUAAACAUCUCGGUGCUGGAUUUUCGGGUAAAUGAGCGAUUUUGUUGCAUUCUCUCAGUUAAAUAAAACGAAAGUGUUCAUUUAGUCUUUUGUAUUACUUCAUUUAACCUAUGUAAAUAUAAGACUGUAUAUUUAUGUAAAUAUGUUUCCGUGUAAAUAAUACUGUUACAAGCAUUAGCUUACGUUUUAUUUUCUAUAUACGUCAGUGUUAUUGCCAUUGUUUAGGUAAGAUGCGUGAAUCUUGCAGCUUUUUGCCUUGCGUGAUCCUGGGAUUCAAACAUUAACUGUAUUUGUGAGUUGAGAUCAAGUACAUCAUUUAAUUUAAUCUAACAAUGUCGUCGUGCUUAUAUAAAAUACAUUAAUAUAGUUAAACUGAUUAAACUGGUUGUGUUACGUUCUGCAGUUACCUGCAGCUAAAUCUGAUGUAGCUGCGCCAUCUGUUGAUCGCCGGGAUGUAGGCCUAGCCUAGAUUAUUGACAAUGUUAUGACAAAAGUUUCAGUCACUGCGAUCUAAUAAUGAAUAGGCUAAUGACUUCUGAUUUAUUGCAGUACAAAUUAGACAUAGGCAAUAUCUUCAAAAAUCUUUCUGUGUUCACCAUAAUUCGUUCACCAACUUGAAAAAGCACAUUUGUGAUAUGCUAUUUGAACCGACUUGCUCUGUGCUUGUUACAAUGUGUUGUUUGUUCUGUGCGGGACUUUUCUUAGGUGUCGGUCGUUAAUAUAGCUACAUUCAUCUUUUCUUCACCUGUUAUAUCUCUAUACUGUACCAUUAUGCCCGGGGUGGGGGAGGAUAGGGAGUCGAGAAAAGUGUCACCGUCCUGGUGGAAGGGUUAAUCGCCGCGGCAGGGACGCCUCACAGCCUCAGCAGCAGACAGUCCUUUGUUCACAAUCCGGCGCCUGUCGCCUGCCUGCCGGCCACACAGCCUCUGCACACCCGCGCACAAUGGCCGACGGGAUCUCCAGAGUCCUGGCUGGUAAUUAGAGAGCCCCCUCGCCUCUUUUCUUCUCUUUCUAAAACCAUAAUCACAAAACUCGUUUUAUUGAGAGCCUAUUGUUAAAUUCUGUUGCGUCCAAUUAACAGAGCCAAAUUCUCGACCUUGUACUCUCAUGGAGAAAAAAAUGUUUGUCUAAAACAAUUAGUCAAUGACUGAUCACUUGGCUCCAAUAGCCGCCUCAGAAUGAGUCCCAAACAACUGAAGAAUGAGCGCAUGUCUAUCCCUCUGGACCCUUCAAACGGCUUCUAGUGCUUUAAACACAGUUAGUUACACAUUAAACGUGCACAAAUGCUAGUAAAUUGCAAACAGUGUGUAUUUACAGAAGUAAAGAGAAAAUUAUUAUUGUUGUUGUAGUAGUAGUGUGUUUUCUGAAUUAUAGGCCUAUCUACGCCUACAGGCUAUAACCUAUGUGUGUGGUUUUUUUUUUUUUUUAAUAUAUAUAUAUAUAUACAUCCGACAUGGUAUCGGACGGUGAACUGACAAUUCAAAAGCCUAGUCCGACUGCCAUUAACUAGCCUGUAGUUUUAUCUACAUAUCAAAAAUAUAUCAAAAAUUUUUUAAAUGUUUUGAAAACGUUUUCUUAGCUGUACUAUUUGAGGUUGCACAAGACAAACACCCUAAAAAUUAAUGACAGAAAUGAAUUUCGUGCAAAUGAUAAAACAUUUGGUGACCAUAAACUCUGAAUAGUUGUUUUCUUGGUGGAGGCUUCUUCUGUUGCUUCCAGCAGAGAGAUACAAAUUAAAGCAGCAUUGCUGUAUGCUGUAUUAGGCCCUGCUGAUAACCAACGAGGGGAAAGUCAGUCUGUCGCAAUAUAAUUUAAAUAGUUUGAAGAAGUCUAACAGUUGAUUCUUGCCCGAAUCUUUGAUAACUGCAAAUCAUUGGGCUUGAUACACUUGUAUCACCCAGAUUGGAUGCAUGACCUGUCACUCUUAUAACUGAAGUUUUUGUUAUUGCCCUUUUCAAGUUCACAUCGCCCUCUGCUGGUAAAUAAUGCAAUGUAUGAGCCCAUCAUUUCUUUGAGAGGUGUGUAUUGAAUUUAUAAUCUGAUUUUGAACUGAAGUUGAUUUUAUUUUUGCCUCGAAUUGCGGGUAUACUGAAUAAUUAAAAAACCAAUGGCAUUUUUGACUCUUCA